AACAAUACUAUAUUAAGAGAGAGAAACCCCUACACUCCGUGACGCAGACAGACAACUUUCACCUCGCCAUUUCUCUCCACCAUUUGUCAUAAAACUUCAGCCACAGAAAGCAGAGCAACCUUGUUUUUAUCUUCUCCGAUUCCAAUCCGGAAGAUGGCGAGGAACGGUGUCGCUUCGUGGCGGAGGAAGUCGGAGAAGCUCGAUCUCUCGCCGCCGUUGGUUUCGGAAGAAGCUCACGUUCUCGCCGUCGACGACAGCCUCGUCGAUCGCAAGGUCAUCGAGCGAUUGCUCAAAAUUUCCUCCUGCAAAGUGACGACUGUUGACAGCGGAAGAAGAGCUCUACAGUUCCUCGGCCUGGACGAGGAGAAGAGCUCCACCGCCGGAUUCGACGGCUUGAAGGUGGACCUGAUCAUCACGGAUUACUGUAUGCCUGGGAUGACCGGCUACGAAUUGCUCAAGAAAAUCAAAGAAUCUUCCACAUUCAAAGCAACUCCCGUCGUGAUUAUGUCAUCCGAGAACGUUUUGGCGCGCAUAGACCGGUGUUUGGAAGAAGGUGCGGAGGACUUCAUAGUUAAACCGGUGAAGUUAGCUGACGUCAAGAGGCUGAAGGAUUACAUGACGACGGCGAGGGAUGUCGGAGUGGAAGAGAGCGGUGGAGGAAUGAACAAGAGAAAGCUACGCGAGCCGUGUGAUCCGACGAUGCCUUCAUCACCGCCGUCCAUUUUUCCGUCGUCGCCGUCGUCGUCCUCGUCGUCUCCGUCUAAAUCCCCGUCGCCUCCUUUGUCAUCGUCGUUCUCGGCUCCGGCGUCGCCCUCGUCGCCCUCGUCGCUUGGUUCUCCGAUCCGACGGUUGAAAAUGACCAACGCUGAUUAGAUCAAUCGGACCCGAUAGUACCGCAAUCGCGCUUUUCUUUUUCGGGGCCAAACUGCAAUUACCCGUUUUAACGGUUUUUGAUGAAUUACUUUCCAUUUUUAUUUGUUUUUUGUUUUUUCUUUGCCUUUGAUUUAUUUUGUUUGUUUAUAUGUGACUAUGAGUUACAAUAUUAAUACUACUAAUUAACUGAUUACA